GCACGCUGCAGCCGCGGGUGGAAGAUGGCGGGGAACGACUGCGGCGCGCUGCUGGACGAAGAGCUCUCCUCCUUCUUCCUCAACUAUCUCGCCGACACGCAGGGUGGGGGGUCCGGGGAGGAGCAACUCUGCGCUGACUUUCCCGAGCUUGACCUCUCCCAGCUGGACACCAGCGACUUUGACUCAGCCACCUGCUUCGGGGAGCUGCAGUGGUGCCCUGAGAGCUCCGAGACUGAACCCAGCCAGUACAGCCCCGACGACUCAGAGCUCUUCCAGAUCAUCGACAGUGAGAAUGAAGCUCUCCUGGCAGCCCUCACCAAGACCCUGGAUGACAUCCCUGAAGACGACGUGGGUCUGGCAGCCUUCCCGGCCCUGGACGGUGGAGACGCACUGUCUUGCACUUCGGCUUCACCUGCACCCUCGUCUGCACCCCCCAGUCCCAGCCCCUCCCUGGAGAGGCCCCAGGACCCAGCGCCAGAGGUGGACGAGCUCUCGCUGCUGCAGAAACUCCUCCUCGCCUCGUCCCACCCGUCCUCGAGCUCCGACACCCAGAAGGAAGGGACCGCCUGGCGCCAGGCAGGCCUCAGGUCCAAGAGUCAGAGGCUUUGUGUUAAGAUGGAUGGCACCCCAGACAAGAAGGCCCCCACAGUGCAGUCCCAGAGCCGGAGUUGUACAGAACUGCAUAGGCACCUUACGUCGGUGCCGUCCUGCCCCCAGACUAAAGCCCGCUCCCCAGACCGGGGCUUGCCUCCACCCGCUCUGAGGCCCCAGCGCCGGGCCAAGGAGGAUGAGGAACCCGGCGAGGACUGCCCGAGCCCCCAGCUGGCUCCAGCCUUGCCCCAGGACUCCCCGGCCCCAGGCAGGGCGGGUCCUGGCACCCAGGUCUCCCGGGAGGACAUGCAGGCUGUGGUGCAGCUCAUUCGCUACAUGCACACCUACUGCCUCCCCCAGAGGAAGCUGCCCCCCCAGACCCCAGAGCCGGCCCCCCAGCCCUGCAGCAGCCCCUUCAAGCAGGUCAAGCCCCAGCCCCGGUCCCAGCAACCUUCCAAAGCCUCCUGGGCUGAGUUCUCCAUCCUGAGGGAACUUCUGGCUCAAGAUGUCCUCUGUGAUGUCAGCAAACCCUACCGCCUGGCCACACCUGUGUAUGCCUCCCUCACGCCCCGGCCCUGGCCCAGGCCCCCCAAGGACAGCCAGGCCUCCCCUGGCCACUCGUCCCCUGUGGAGGAGGUGAGGAUCACGGCUUCGCCCAGGAGCACAGGGCCCAGACCCAGCCUGCGCCCGCUGCGGCUAGAGGUAAAAGGACGCGCUGUCCGGUCAGCCAGGCUGCAGCCGCAGGAGGAAGACGAGGAGGAGGAGGAGGAAGAAAAAGAGGAGGAAGAAGAGGAGGAGGAAUGGGGCCGGAAAAGGCCGGGCCGAGGCCUGCCAUGGACCAAGCUGGGGAGGAAGCUGGAGAGUUCGGUGUGCCCCGUGCGGCGUUCCAGGAGACUGAACCCGGAGCUGGGCCCCUGGCUGACCUUCUCCGAUGAGUCUCUGGUCCCUGCAGAGCCCCAGGGAGCUCUGUCCUCACUGCGCCUGCCUCCCGACGCCUACAACAUGGAGGGGGCGCUGGGCAGCCCCACAGAUGAGGACAGUGGUCAAGACCAGCAGCUCCCACAGGGACCCCAGAUCCCGGCUCUGGAGAGCCCCUGUGAGAGUGGGUGUGGGGACACGGAUGAGGACCCCAGCUGCCCACGGCUCCCUUCCAGAGACACUCCCAGGUGCCUCAUGCUGGCCUUGUCACAAAGUGACCCUCCUUUUGUCAAGAAGAGCUUUGAGCAGACCUUGACGGUGGAGCUCUGUGGCACGGCAGGACUCACCCCACCCACCACGCCUCCGUACAAGCCCACAGAGGAGGACCCCUUCAAGCCAGACAUUAAACACAGCCCAGGCAAAGACAGAGCGCCCAGCCUUCCCAGCCUGGAGGGCCUCCAGCUCGAGGCCACCGCGGGGGCCGCCCACAAGCUGCCAAAGAAGCACCCUGAGCGGAGCCAGCUCCUGUCCCACCUGCGGCACGCCGCCGCCCCGCCGGCCUCCCAGACCGGUCAGAAGCGCCCCUUCUCCUGUUCCUUUGGAGACCACGAUUACUGCCAGGUGCUGAAGCCAGAAGGUGCCCUGCAGAGGAAGGUGCUGAGGUCCUGGGAGCCGUCUGGGGUCCACCUUGAGGACUGGCCACAGCAAGGGCCCCCCCGGGCCGAGGUGCAGGCCUCUGACAGGGAGGAAGGCAGAAGCUGUGACACCAGCGCCCCUGCUAAGGACAGUGUGCUACUGAGAGACCACGAGAUCCGCGCCAGCCUCACCAAGCACUUUGGGCUCCUAGAGAGCGCCCUGGAGGACGAAGACCUGGCCUCCUGUAAGAGUCCUGAUUAUGACACCGUAUUCGAGGACAGCAGCAGCAGCAGUGGUGAGAGCAGCUUCCUCCUGGAGGAGGACGAGGAGGACGAGGAGGACGAGGAGGAUGAUGAAGAAGAGGACUCAGGGGUCAGCCCCCCUCGCUCCGACCACUGCCCCUACCAGAGCCCACCCAGCAAGGCCGCUCGGCAGCUCUGUUCCCGCAGCCGGUCCAGCUCCUGCUCCUCCUCCUGCUGCUCCCGGUCACCAGCCAUCCGAAGGACCUUCAGAUGCGAGAGCAGAGGGCCGUGUUCAGACGGAACACUGGGCGCCCGGCACACCAGGAAGCGGCGGGAAAAGGCCAUUCAGGGUGAAGGCCGUGUGGUGUACGUUCGCAAUCUCUCCAGUGACAUGAGCUCCCGGGAGCUGAAGAGGCGCUUCGAAGUGUUCGGCGAGAUUGUGGAGUGCCAGGUGCUGACAAGGAGCAAGAGAGGCGAGAAGUAUGGCUUCAUCACCUACCGGUCUUCUGAGCACGCCGCCCUGUCUCUGAGGAACGGCGCCGCCCUGCGGAAACGCAACGAGCCCUCCUUCCAGCUCAGCUACGGAGGGUUCCAGCACUUCUGCUGGCCCAGACACCCUGACUAUGAUUCCAAUUCAGAAGAGGCCCUUCCUGCGUCGGUGAAAAACAAGUACGAAGCCAUGGAUUUUGACAGCUUGCUGAAGGAGGCCCAGCAGAGCCUGCAUUGAUAACAGCCUUAACCUUCGAGGAAUACCUCAAUACCUCAGACAAGGCCCUUCUAAUAUGUUUACGUUUUCAAAGAAAUUAUGUAUACGAGAAGGCGAGAGAGCGAGCGCGUGAGAGAACACACGUGAGAGAGAGAGAGAGACUUGAAACUGCUGUCCUUUUAAAAAAAAAUCAAUGUUUACAUUGAACAAAGCUGCUUCUGUCUGUGAGUUUCCACGGUGUUGAUGUCCCACUGCCACUUAGUGUCCUCGCUUCCGGAGGGUGGCCCCGGGUGCGUCUCCAAGUGCUGGGUCCGUCACCCAUCUCCCCUUCCGUCCCGACCGACUUCCCUCGUAGACGUGCAGCCGUGUUCACCAUAACAUUUCUCGUCUGUAGUAUGUGAUGAUGAAAUUGUUACUCGUGAAUAGAAUCAGGAUUAUAAACACAUUUUUAAUUGAAAAAAAGAAAACAAAGUAUAUCCUUCCAAUAA